AUCCUGGUCAUGCAAAGCAGUCUGUCCAGGUGGGAGUGGUUCCAGGUCUAAUAUAGCUCCCAGUCUUGCUGGAUCCGGCAGUUCAGCUCACUGGGACCACAUUGAGGACCGCCGUGAGAGGCAUUCACACUAAGUCAAAGACUCCCAGUCCAAGGAACCAUGCGCGAAUGCAUCUCAGUCCAUGUCGGCCAGGCCGGCGUCCAGAUGGGGAACACCUGCUGGGAGCUCUAUUGUCUGGAACACGGCAUCCAGCCCGACGGUCAGAUGCCCGACCCCAAGGCCGUAGGUGGAACCGACGACUCCUUCACCACUUUCUUCAGUGAGACCGGGGCUGGAAAGUACGUCCCCAGAGCGAUCUUUGUAGACCUGGAACCCACAGUUGUCGAUGAGGUGCGCACAGGCACAUACCGCCAGCUCUUUCAUCCCGAGCAGCUGAUUUCUGGGAAAGAAGACGCUGCCAACAACUAUGCGCGUGGACACUACACCAUUGGCAGGGAGAUCAUUGACUCGGUCCUCGACAGGAUGCGCAAACUGUCUGACCAAUGCACUGGUCUCCAAGGGUUCUUGGUUUUCCAUUCCUUUGGUGGAGGCACCGGCUCAGGCUUCACUUCCCUCCUCAUGGAAAGGCUGUCUGUUGAUUAUGGUAAAAAGUCCAAGCUGGAGUUUGCUAUCUACCCAGCACCCCAGGUUUCCACAGCAGUCGUAGAGCCUUACAACUCCAUUCUCACCACUCACACCACCCUGGAGCACUCCGACUGUGCCUUCAUGGUCGACAACGAAGCCAUCUACGACAUCUGUCGCAGGAACCUCGAUAUUGAACGUCCGUCCUACACCAACCUGAACCGGCUGAUCAGUCAGAUUGUGUCGUCUAUCACGGCCUCUCUUCGCUUUGACGGAGCCCUGAAUGUUGACCUGACAGAGUUCCAGACCAACUUGGUGCCCUACCCUCGUAUCCACUUCCCUCUGGCGACAUAUGCCCCGGUCAUCUCCGCCGAGAAGGCCUACCACGAGCAACUCUCUGUGGCUGAAAUCACCAACGCCUGCUUUGAGCCAGCCAAUCAGAUGGUGAAGUGUGACCCCCGUCAUGGCAAAUACAUGGCCUGCUGUCUGCUGUACCGUGGGGAUGUGGUGCCCAAAGACGUCAACUCCGCCAUCGCCGCCAUCAAGACCAAACGCUCCAUCCAGUUUGUGGACUGGUGUCCCACGGGCUUCAAGGUGGGCAUCAACUACCAGCCUCCAACCGUGGUUCCUGGAGGAGAUCUGGCCAAAGUGCAGAGAGCGGUGUGCAUGCUGAGCAACACCACAGCCAUCGCUGAGGCCUGGGCUCGCUUGGACCACAAGUUUGACCUGAUGUACGCCAAGAGGGCCUUUGUGCAUUGGUAUGUGGGCGAGGGGAUGGAGGAGGGAGAGUUCUCCGAGGCCAGGGAAGACAUGGCCGCCCUGGAGAAGGAUUAUGAAGAAGUCGGGAUUGACUCCUUUGAAGAAGAUGAGGACGGAGAAGAAUAUUAAACAUCUGGAGAUCCUUCACUCUCAGGGGCAAAAUAUCUGUUAGAUAGUUAUGAUGACAGCAGUGGUCAAUGUUGGCCUUCAAUCAUCAUUUUCAAACGGUUUGAAUUUUGCUGUGACCUAUUAAAUCUUUCAGAAUGCA